GAAAACUUAAAAAUAAUACUUUUCUUGAAUGGAAGCAACAGAUAGCCAAUACGAUCAGCUUUAUAAAAUAGUCCUGAUCGGAGACUCUGGAGUAGGAAAAUCCUCUCUAGUCAGUAGGUAUGUCAAGGGAACAUUCCCUAAGAACAAGGGUGCUACUAUUGGAGUAGAAUUUGCGUCUAAGAAUUUAAAAUUAAAGACUGGCACCAAUGUUAAGGCUCAGAUUUGGGACACUGCUGGUCAAGAACGUUAUUUAGCAAUAACAUCCGCUCAUUAUAGAAGAGCUGUAGGAGCCCUGGUGGUCUAUGAUAUUUGUAAGAGACAGUCCUUUGAUAAUUGUGAGAAAUGGAUUAAUGAUGUCAAGGCACAAGCAGAUCCAGAUAUUGCUAUCAUGCUUGUCGGUAAUAAGCUAGAUAAGGCCAAGGGUAGUGAUGCCAGAGAUGUGGAAGAGAAAGCUGGAGAAGAAUUCGCUAGGAAGCAUGGGUUGCUUUUUAGUGAAGCCUCUGCUCUUAGUGACACCAAUGUAACUUCAGCCUUUGAGGACUUGCUAACCUACAUUGAUGAAGGCAGAUCAAAGACUAGUAAGGGAGGAAAAAGAGUUGUUGGUACGAGUCUUGGUCAGGAUAUACAUUCUUCCUUUGAGAAAGAUGAUUCAGGCUGCUCUUGCUAAAAGUUUGGUUUUAUACUGAGAUAAUGGGAAUUUAUUAAAAGUAUUUUUCA